UUCUAGCGGCCACCAUCACUCGCCAUUCAUCGACGCAAACGCAAGCUUCUUGCACGUCUUGCCAUCCAUCGCAUCCCGAAUCCCCGCACUUGUCAACGUCUCACGCACAUGUCGACUGGCGUCAACGGCGGGCCUGGUGGUGGUGGUGGUGGUGGCGCCGCUGCUGGAGGUGGGUCGAGUCGAGCGUUGCUGCCGGACGGCUCGCCCUCACAGUGGACAGUGCAUCGCAAUGCUGCGGGAAGGCAGUAUUGGCAUCACAUCGUGGAGAAGCGAUCAGUGUGGGACAAGCCGGUGGAGCUGCAAUCGGCGCGGGAGCAGGCCAUAGCUCGCACGCCUUGGAAGGAGUACACGAGCGGGGACAGAAAGUACUACGUCCACUCUGACACCAAGCAGAGCACUUGGACUCUGCCACCCGACCUGAAAGCCGUGCUAGACAGCCUGCCACGCGAAAGCCCAGCCGCAGCAUCGCUACCACCGAAGCCUCCUGAGCAGCAGCAGCAGCACGCGCCACAUUUCAGCAUCGGUGCUUCCAGUCCAGCGCCCGACACUCCUGGUCAAGCGCCAGCCACGCACAUCGCGACAGCUCCAGGUCCAGGGCAAGCCCCUUCGGCCCAGCCUCAACAGCAUGCGGGGCCACCACCAGGCUACGGUGCCGCCGCCAGACCCAUGUAUAGUGGACCUCCUCCAGGCUUCGGAGGGGCAGCAGCGGCUACAGCCGGUGGUACCGGCGCACUACCACCACAUCUCACAGGGCCCAACGCUGCACCACCGGGUGCUCCAGGUGCUCGUCCGGUCGCUUCACCCGGACCGAGCGUGUCUGCCUUUGCAUCUGGCGAGGAAGCUUUCCAAUCCUUGCUGCGCGGAAAGGGAGUGGACGCUAGCUGGACUUGGGAAUCCACCAUGAGGGAAAUCAUCACUGACCCUCUCUACAAGGCUCUCAAGACGAUGACGGAGCGCAAAGCAGCCUUUGGAAGGUACAUCGACUCCAUCAAGCUUGCAGAGGAGAAUGAAAGAAAGGACAAGGUGUCGGCUUUAGAGCCUGCGAUUCGAAGCGUCUGCGAAAGGCUCAAGAGCGAGAACAAGUUGAAGAUGCACCACUCGGCCGAAGCGGCUGGCAAAUUGCUCGACGCUUACGCUGAAUGGCGACAGCUCAGGAGCAUAGGCGAGAGCUAUGCGAAGGACUUGUGGAACAGAUUGGCUCGCGAAUGGAAGGAAGCAGAGGCUACCUCGACGCGCGAGCUGCGUCACAGAAAUAUGGACAUGCUCAUGUCGCUGCUGCACACCUUCGAAGCUGACGUCUUCACCCGCUGGAAGGAUGCUCAUCGAACAGUGCUCGAGUCGGACGAGUGGGCAACGGAUGCGCACUUAUCCUCCAUGGACCUAAGCGAUAUGGUGAUCGUCUUCGAUGAGCACAUGAAGUCCUUGGAAAAGGAACGAGGAGAUGCAGACAGAGCGCGAGACGUGGAACGUGCCAAGGAAGAACGACAUAGGCGUGUGGCGUUCCGCAAAAGGUUGCAAGAACUUGUCAGCGACGGGCGGCUCACGGCGCUCACUCCUUGGCCCGCUAUCUAUCAGAUAGUCAAGUCUGACUCUGGCUUUCCAGAACUCAUGGGUCAGCCCGGCUCCAGCCCACUGGAUCUCUACUUUGAUGUCAUCGACGACUUGGAACAGAAAUUGGCUACUAGUGUCAAAUUGGUCGAGGAGCUGCUUCAAGCGAAUGCACAACCGCAGCAAGAUGGGCCAGCUCAACAGGCGGUAACGGUAAAGCCCACAACUACACUGCAGGAAUUUCGUCAGAAAGCUCACGACGCCCUGGACGCCACUCGAACUCGGGAACCAAAUGGUAGCGCGAGCGCAAGUCCGGUCGCACUCGUGCUUCAGAAUGAGGACCAACUCAAAAGUGUUUUUGACGAGCUUCACGCGCGUGCACUCCGACACUUGUCAGACGUGCGCCGUCGCGCCGAACGCAAGCUACGUCAUCUGACCGAGGAUCUUCGCUUCGCUCUUCGAAAGGUGGACUCGGCCAGCGAUGCUGCGAUCGAAGCGCAAAUCAAGCUAGAUACGGAAGAAGAAUUGUCUCAGAGCUGGGACGUGUGGCGGCAGAGGUUGGACAAGCUGGCACUCAAGGAUUGGACGGACAUGGACAAGCUACUGGAGGCGAGCGAGGGCGUCAUCGAUGCUGAUCAAGUGGACGAAGCAAGGAAACAAGCAUGGGAAAGGUUCGCCAAGCGGCAUAGGGAGAAGCUGCAAGAACAGCAGGCGCAAGCUAGAGAUGCGGAUGGGCGUGAGGAAGCGGAUGGUAGGAGAAAAGCAGGAGACAGUCCCGAACGUCGCUCGCCCACCUCAUCUCGCAAGAGGAAAAGCGUCGAGGCAGGACGCACAGCAGACCAGAAUGGUGAGGCCGAUGGGGCAGGUCCCGAACGGCGCUCUUCUCGUCGCAAAGCGGAAGAUACUUCUACCUCAAGUGGAGUUAGAGAUCGCGCUUCUCGAAGGGCAGGGGCGGAUGCCGUAGCGACUCAGGCAUCUACGAGCACCAAACAGACCGAGGAGAGGAUUAGACAUAGAGGCACUAGCGAGGCAGAUGAGAGGGAGCGUAAACGUACUCGCCGGGGGAAUGCGACCAGAGACGACGAAAGCAGCAGCAGCGAGAGAGAGGAGGGAGAAGUGUAACACAAACCCUCGGCGUCUGCAAAGAAGCUUCCCCAGCAGCAACGCUGUGAACCACCGUUUGUAGACCCACUUGCAACGACCAGGUUGCGCUCUGUGGUUCGUGUUC